GUCAUUCAGCAUACAACCCUGUUGAAAGGAGUAUGGCAUCCCUUUCAACAAAACUAGCAGCUAUAGUUCUGCCUAUUAACAAAUAUGGUACUCACCUUGACUCACAGGGUAAAGUCAUUGACCUGGAGCUAGCAGAAAAAAAUUUUAAAUAUGCGGGUAACCUUCUCUGUAACCUGUGGAAUAAGGACAAAAUAUUCAGAAAGCCAGUCAUGACUGAAUACGUCAAUACGAUAAGUACCCCAGCUUCAGAUAUAUCUUGGGAAUGGAUAGAGAUCCAUGCAAGGAUCUGCAGAUACUCUUUAGAUGUAAAGAAAUGUAAUAAUAUUAAAUGUUGCUUCCCUAAAAGGUGCGAGGAGGCUGGUAACCUUCUUGCUUCAAAUAAUGGUUUUAUCCUCCCUUUAGUAAUGAGGAAAGACGGCCACUAUAUUAAUUCGAUACAUCUAUUAGAGUAUUUUGACAAGAAAAAAAUACUGGA